UGACAGCCGCCGGCUUCCCGAGUGCUUGGAGAAACAAGUUGUAGCAUUGAUCCUGCCCGGCCCGCUUCCCCCUGACUCCACCCAAACCUGCUCUUCUGCCCCGUCCUCCCCGGAGCGCACUGUCCCCAAUCAGUGCACCCACCGGCGGUCCCAGCCCAGCGGGAGACGUGGACAUGAGGUUGGCAGGCCCCCUCCGCAUCGUGGUCAUAGUCGUCGCCGUGGGUCUCACCUGGAUCGUCGUCAGCAUACUCCUGGGUGGGCCUGGUGAUGGCUUUCCUCGCAUCCAGCACCUCUUCACCAGCCCCGAGAGCUCUGUGACUGCAGAACCACGGGCCAGGAAGUACAAGUGCGGCCUUCCCCAGCCGUGUCCCGAGGAGCACCUCGCCUUCCGCAUGGUCAGCGGCGCUGCCAAUGUCAUUGGGCCCAAGAUCUGCCUGGAGGACAAGAUGCUCAUGAGCAGUGUGAAGGACAAUGUGGGCCGUGGGCUGAACAUUGCGCUGGUGAAUGGGGUGAGUGGCGAGCUCAUUGAGGCCCGGGCCUUUGACAUGUGGGCUGGAGAUGUCAACGACCUGCUGAAGUUCAUCCGGCCCCUGCACGAAGGCACCCUGGUGUUUGUGGCCUCCUAUGAUGACCCAGCCACCAAGAUGAAUGAGGAGACCAGGAAGCUCUUCAGCGAGCUAGGCAGCAGGAACGCCAAGGAGCUGGCCUUCCGUGACAGCUGGGUGUUCGUGGGGGCCAAGGGUGUACAGAACAAGAGCCCCUUUGAGCAGCACGUGAAGAACAGCAAGCACACCAACAAGUACGAGGGCUGGCCCGAGGCGCUGGAGAUGGAGGGCUGCAUCCCGCGGCGGAGUGUAGCCAGCUAGCUUGGGGCCCGGCCUGGCCCAGCCGGGGCUCUGGCGUGACCACAUGGCCUCCAGGUGCACUUGGCACAGGAGCCCAGGUACCUCUGUCCUCCUGCAAGCUGGCAUUAAGGCCUGCCCCUCCCAGCCUUUCCCCUCCAACCUGAGGGCCCAGCUACCAGGGCCCUGGGUGCCCAACCCUGUCACCAGGGCAGCCACCUGGUAGGUGGAGGCCUCUUGUGGGACAGUGCCAUCCAGGGCUGUGUCCCUGCCCUGCAGCAGGAGCGGUCUGGGAGCAGUCUCUGGAGUGGCAGGUGGCAGCAGCGAGUGUGGGGGCCACCCGCCAGGUGGCCUCGUAGCAGACAGCCUGUGUCCCCAGCCCCGUAGCCACACCCCACAGUGACGGGGACCAGUGCUGGUGUCACUCGAGUCAGGACUAGGAUGUGCGGGCCUGAAGACUGGGAUAGGAAGUAAAACUGGUGGUGCAGCCGGGUGUGGUGGUGCUUGUCUGUCAUCCCAGUGCUCAGGAGGCUGGGGCAGGAGGAUCCCCGCGAG